AACGUUAACCACCGUAGAAGAGCAGAUCUGUGUUUACAUCCAGUUCAUUAAUAAUGUCACAUUUCGCACGUACUGUAAUGGUAUUUAAAGUUUCUUAUUAGUUACUAGUAAACUAUUUACAUUAGUGUUCACACGUUGGCAAUGCAAUGUUUUAAGUUUGUGUCUGCUGACAAUUGCUCGUUAUCAGCACGCCUAAAGGAGACAUUUGGCUACGCCUUCCGGACAUGUUCUGUUUUCUUGGGAACAAGUGGAUUAACUACUGGGUCAUCUCAGAAGAUGGAGGGAGGAAACUUCGGCUGCUCCCGAGACCCGCUGGACCGCCUCAUCCUGGACCGGGACUCGUCCGUGGUGAGCAAGUUCCAGCAGAGGUACUGGAAGACCAAGCAGACGCUCAUCAGGGUCACCGGGAAGAAGGAGGAUGAGUGCGUGGUGGCGUCGGACGCUGACUUGGAUGCCAAACUGGAGGUGUUCCACUCCAUUCAGAGGACUUGCAUGGAGCUGCUAAAAGUCAUCGAGCAGUACCAGAGGAGGAUCUGCUUUCUUUCCCAGGAGGAGAGCGAGCUGGGUCGGUUCCUGCGGUCCCAGGGUUCCCAGGACAGAAGCAGGGCCGGGAAGAUCAUGCAGGCCACCGGCAAAGCUCUCUGCUUCUCCUCGCAGCAGAGGCUGGUCCUGAGGAAGCCUCUGUGCCGCCUGUACCAAGAAGUGGAGACCUUCCGCUUCAGGGCCAUCUCCGACAGCUGGCUGACGGUCAACCGCAUGGAACAGACCAGGACCGAGUACCGCGGCGCGCUCCUGUGGAUGAAGGAUGUCUCCCAGGAGCUGGACCCGGACACACACAAGCAGAUGGAGAAGUUCCGUAAGGUCCAGGCCCAGGUGCGCACCACCAAGGCCAAUUUUGACAAGCUGAAGAGUGACGUGUGUCAGAAGGUGGAGCUGCUGGGAGCAAGUCGCUGCAACCUCCUCUCCCACGUCCUCACCUCCUACCAGACCACACUGUUGCACUUCUGGGAGAAGACCUUCCACACUAUGGCGGCCAUUCAUGAGAGCUUCAAGGGCUGUCCUCGUUCCGAGCUUCCCGCCCUGAAGGAAGCAGCAGAGCGCCAGUCAAAGAAGAAGAGAAAGAAGAAUAAAUGUGAGACAAAAGACAAAGAUGAAGAACUUGUCUCGCUGGGAAAUGACAACAGUUCAACAAAAGAAGGAGACGCUGACUCUGCGAUGGAGGAGAAAGACAGCCUUGCCUUGCUGGAGGAGAUCCUGGGAGGAAUUUCGGUGCAUGAUGGCGACUUCUCGCAGGAAUGGAGCCAAGCCUUUGGAGAGGAGGAGGAGGAGGUGACGGACCCCGCCUCUUCUACGCCUACGGAUGCUUCGUCCAUGUUCCUGCCAUCGCAGCUGUUGGACCAGCACAACCUGCAGUCUGCUGGCUUCUCAGAUUGGAAUGUCCCACAGUCUGUCCCCGCGGUGACAGAAGACUCGCAUGGAGCCAGUCAGAAAAGAGCAUUUCAAGAGAAAGGCGGGACAACCAAAGACCUCUCGGCGUGGUUCAACUUGUUUGCAGACCUGGACCCCCUCGCCAACCCAGAUGCAGUGGGCAAAAGUGAGGCCGAGCACACUCUUCAUAACGCCUAGCUCCUCUUUGGCCUGGAAAGACACAUUUUGUCACAAUGUCCUGAUCUUACAUCCUUCGCAUGAGUUCCGCUCACCUGUAGCCAGGUAACCACCUCAACAAACUGAGGACUCCAUUUGUAGUCAUCGUCUCUUCAGCAUAUCGCCCCCUUGUGGACUGUGUUUUGUUUUCACGCUAUUUUGCUGUAACUUUACGAACAUAUCUCGACAACAUCCUUGGUUUAUUUCAUGAACUCGUGUUGCCUCAGGGUGCUUUUAUAAGUAAAUAUUUAUCGUACUUGCUAUUUUUAAAAACUGCUUUUAUUAACUUGAAUAUACCGGUCGCUUGCACCUGAGAUAGGCACCCUCCGCGAACCUGAAAGGGACAAGUGGUAGAAAAUGGCUGGCAUUUAAUAAAAAUCUGCAGCGUCACAAAAAUACAAAACAAUAGUGGCAUCAAAAAGUGUCCUCCGCUCUAAUUAAGAGUGUUUAAAUUAAAUGUGUUAGAAUGCAAACAUCACUGAAAGUUUUUUUUUUUUUUGUCUUUAUUGAAAAAACACACAGGAAGUACAUACAGGUGCACACUACACGGGGGAAGUGUUGCUGCAUGCACACAAUGAGCACAUCAGCGACACAAUCAGGAUUUAAAUUGUGUGGUGGAAUGCCUGGCAUACAUUGGUCAUAGUUGUGCUUGUAUGCGCACGUAGACGUGCACACCCAAACCUCAGUGGUUCUUUCUGUGCACACCUUUGAUUGUUUCAGAUUGCAAAUGAACACCAACAAAAGGAUUAUGUCCGAGUAAGUGCUUUCACCUGCUUUACCCAUUAGCACCUCUGCUCCAAACAUGACCCCUCCAAUUAUUUUUACGUUUGCUUUGGUACGUUCUCAACCUGUCGCUUUGGGAGGGCGGGGCUUGUGUACAUGACCUAUGGAAUGUGUCGUAGCACCUAAAAGCUUAAAAAAAACAGGUUCUACGAGGAGUCUGCUGAUGUGAUUCGUAUCAAACGGCGCUUGGAAAAUGGCAACGGUCCGAACAAAAACAUUCCACACCAACCUGAGUCGUUUUGUUCCGCUAAAAGACCGCCGCGAAGCAGGAAGGCGGAGUCUUCUUCCCUUCCCCCCAUAUCAGUCUUUUGGUCUCUCGCUAAGAAAAAAUGUAGAUCGUGGCGAUCAUGCGGGAAGGCAAAGUGUGGCUGCAACACACGACAGACAGAACAAGGCACGUCCUGACCCAAUCCCAUAAUGUACAAGCUUUCUUACACGUUAGUCUGCGGCACUAACAGGAAGUGUUAAUUAGGGAUGAUGUUCGUUAAAUUAUCGAGUUCAAGCCCAUUAUUGAAUCCUUUAAACAAACCAAUUCCUCAUCGAAUCCAGAUAGGUUGUCGUGUGUGCACUGAGUUCUAAAAGCCAUAGAUCAGGCGUCGGAAACCUUUUUGGCGGAGAGAGCCAUGAAAGCCAAAUAUUUAAAAAUGUAUUUCCGUGAGAGCCAUGUAAUAUUUUUUAAAGGGGAACAUUAUCACCAGACCUAUGUAAGCGUCAAUAUAUACCUUGAUGUUGCAGAAAAAAGACAAUGUUUUUUUUAACUGAUUUCCGAACUCUAAAAAAGUUAAUUUGGCGAUUUAAACGCCUUUCAAUUCUUCGCCUGUCAGAGAGAUGACCUUUCACCCGUGACGUCACAUCGUGUAGCAAUCCGCCAUUUUCUCAAACAUAUUACACACACCAAGUCAAAUCACCUCUGUUAUUUUCCAUUUUUUCGACUGUUUUCCGUACUUUGGAGACAUCAUGCCUAGUCGGUGUGUUGUCGGAGGGUGUAACAACACUAACAAAGACGGAUUCAAGUUACAACAGUGGCCAAAAGAUGCGAAAGUCCCUCGUUUGUUCCGCACACUUUACCGACGACAGCGAUGCUACGACAGAGAUGGCAAGAAUGUGUAGAUAUCCCGCGACACUCAGAGCAGAUGCAUUUCCAACGAUAAAGUUAACGAAAUCACAAAGGUGAGUUUUGUUGAUGUUAUUGACUUAUGUGCUAAUCAGACAUAUUUGGUCACGGCAUGACUGCAAGGUAAUCAAUGCUAUUUAGGCUAGCUGUAUGUACAUUAGUAGCUAUAUUUGCAUCCAGCCUUUCCCUCCACCCACAUUUAAUGCCAAACAAACACAUACCAAUCGUUGGUUAGAAGGCAAUCGCCAAAUUUGUCCUUGCUUCCUCCCAUGCCGCUGUGUGUCGUGAUAUGGCUCAAGAGCUUCUGUUUCUUCUUUAAUUUAGUUUUCGGUACCUGCCUCCACACUCCAACCAUUCGUUUCAAUACAUGCGUCAUCUGUUGAAUCGCUUAAGCCGCUGAAAUCCGAGUCUGAAUCCGAGCUACUAUUCUAUACCUUUCUGUGCUAUCCGCCAUGUUUGUUUCUGUUGGCUUCACGCAGUGACGUCACAGGACAAUAGACGGGUGGAUAUAGCGAUGGUGUAAAUCAGGCACUUUGAAGCCGUUUUUCGGGAUAUUGGGUGAUGGGUAAAAUUUUUAGAAAAACUUCGAAAAAUAAAAUAAGCCACUGGGAACUGAUUUUUAUUGGUUUUAACCCUUCAGAAAUUGUGAUAAUGUUCCCCUUUAACACUGAACACAACUAAAUGCGUGCAUUUUUUAAGUAAGACCGACAUUUUUAGAGUAUAAUAAAUCUCUUGUUCUUUUUGAUAAAAUUGUAAUUCUCAGGCUAACCAAUAAUAAAUAAAAUACUUCUUACUAUUAUUGCGACUUCUUGAACAGGUGCGGUAGAAAACAGAUGGCUGGAUUAAAAUGCAAUGUUUGCAUUCGGCGGCAUGCACACACCUCCACAAAUGCGUCAUCCAUUUGAAACUAAUGUUUUAUAUUUUGAACGUUAUUUUUACACUGUGGAAUUAUUCAUUACUUAUCGGGUUAAGCAAUGUCAGCUAAGAAGGAUCUGAGAGCCAGAUGCAGUCAUCAAAAGAGCCACAUCUGGCUGGAGAGCCAUAGGUUCCCUACCCUUGCCAUAGACGUUAUAUGACGCUGUUGAUAUUACGUGACUGAGGACAGCAUGCGGACGUUAUAGGGUGACGGUUUCAGGUGAGAGAGGACGCCAAAGUGAGCAUGUAGUGCUGCUAUGUGCGUUGUAAAUUAAAAUAAAUUGCCGACAAAACACAUCACCAACAUGGACGAGAUGCUGCUCACUUUCGACAUGCCAGUUUUUUGAUUGAUUGAUUGAAACUUUUAUUAGUAGAUUGCACAGUACAGUACAUAUUCCGUACAAUUGACCACUAAAUGGUAACACCCCAAUAAGUUUAUCAACUUGUUUAAGUCAGGGUCCACGUUAACCAAUUCAUGGUACGGUGACGCAAGAGAAGUGGGCUUUUACUUUAGUGCUAGCCUGUUAAUGGACAACGAGACUGACUUUGAAAAUGAGGGGGAAGGAAUCUGGCGUUUUUGAUGGAGAACUUGCCCAGCUGUUCAUUUCAGACACAGAAGAUGAGGACUUUGAUUGAUUCGUGGAUGAAGAUUGAUCAAAAAAAUAAUGUCAGUACAUUGAUAAAUACUUCAAUAAAGUACAACCGAACUCAGCUUUUUAAAAGUGUCCAUGCGUAUGUUUAAUCUAGGGCUGGGCAAUAUCAAUAUUUUUUUAAAGUGUCCAGGCGUAUGUUUAAUCUAGGGCUGGGCAAUACCAAUAUAUCAGGUUUGUCUCUGUGCAAUAUAGAAAAUGACUACCGUAUUUCCUUGAAUUGCCGCAGGACAUAUAGUAUGCGCCUGCCUUGAAUUGUUGCAGGGUCAAACUCGCUUCCCAAAAUAAUUAGCGCAUGCUUAGUAUUACCCCAUGCCUUUGGUAAGCGCAGGAGUGAGAAGAGGUUUUAAAUUAAUUAGCGCCCUGGCAGCAAUUCAAGGAAAUACAGUAUAUCAUGAUAUCUGAGUAUUCAUUCUCACGCAGUUGCCUUUAGCUGCGGGCAUUAAACUGCAUGCAUCUCUCCCUCUUUCUUAUCUCUUCUUCUCACACGGACUUAAAACAAGCACACCUUACAUACGUCACACACCCUCCCCGAGUAACAGCAUGAGUAACGUUAGCUGUGAUGCUAGUGAAGCCGUGCGAGUGGUAAUAAGGGAGAAAGAAGGUUUGAAUCUGCUAACAAAUGAAGGAAGAAUUAAUUCCCAAGAAAAACAGCAGGGGGUCCAUCGCCUGGCGGUGGUUUGGCUUCAAGCGGGAAUAUGUCGGAUAGACAACUUUAAUUUGUCAAGUGUGGGGCACAAGCGUAGCAACAUUUUAAAAGUCACCUGCUAAUAAUUUUAAUUAAUACAGUUUUGGUCAACUGACUUAGUUGUGAUUUCCUUCUCUGCAUGAAAGUUUAAAAUGAACAUAUAUUAAUGCAGUAUGAAGAAGAAUGUUUUAUGUCUCCACAUAGAAUCAUCAUACUGCUGUGAUUAUAUGUUCAUUCAAGGCUAAGGCAAAAUAUGGAGAUAUAUAUCGUGUAUCGCCAUAUGGCUUAAAAAUAGAGAUAUUAAAAAAGGCCGUAUCGCCCAGCUCUGCGCCCAAAAACACGCUGCGCCUUAUUUAAGCGUUAAAUACAGAAAAAGCACCCGUAACUGACACGGCGACUUUUAAUACGGUAUACGAAAAUACGGUAUAGUGGCUUCGAUAACGAAACGGUUCUCAAAAAGAGAUUCAAAACCAUUCUCAUCGAAUGAUGGGGAGAUUCGGUUCGGAACAUCAUCCCUAGUGUUAAUAAGAUAGUUGUUGUAUUGCUGACAAACUUUAAACCCCAUUAAAGACAAAGCAAAAUAUAAUUGUGGUAAUGAGGUCCAGGACCUAGAACCUCUCUUGCAGGAUACCAGAGUGAGAGCUUGGGCACCCCCUGCUGGCUAAACUUAAGACUAACUGAGUGCAAGCUUGUGUUUUUGUUUUUUUUGUUUCGUUUUUUUCUUCGAAGCCUUAUUGGUCUUUUAAAUACCUGAGGACACGCUGGUGAGGACGAGUUGCGCCGAGCCGUCCUUACCCGUCUCGACUCCCGGGCUUUGCCGAACGGCGUCUGUUUCUCUGACAGCGGAGGGCAGGGGCGGCGGGGCGGGGGUCACCUGAGCGUCGUUGGCGUGGAGGCCGUGGCCGACGGAGGCGCAGGAGACGGGGGAGAAGAG